GAACACGCAGGUUUUCCGGUCCAAUCCCAGAGUGGAGACGAGGCGGGACAUGUCGUUACCAAGGCGAGACUGGAGUCAAGUAUAAAGGGAAUAACAUGGUGUCCCAGCGGCUGUUUAUGUUUACUUAAAGAAGACAUUUGGACGGAAGCUGUGCGGGACACUGCGGACUCUUCUUCGCUCUUUGCACUUUAACUUUUUUGUAUGUUCAGAUUUACACGGCCCGUGGCAUGUAGAUCUCAUAUUUCACUAAUGUGCCAGUCUUACAAAUGGAAAGGGGGCUUCACUUUGGAAACGUGAGCAUUUCCCUGGUGCUCCUCUUGUUGCUCAAAGCGCUCAUCGGAUUCGGGACUUCGCACGCGCAGGGCUCCGCCGUCGGGAGGGAGCCGCAGUCCGCCGCGCGGGGCUCCAGCUCGGAGGAACAUGGUGCCGGAGUCAUGGAGCGGGCCAGGGGCAACGUCGGCGCCCCGGUCAUCGUAGCAGACGUCACCGUGGAGGACGACGACAACGGGUCGGCGGGGGAGGGCGACGAGGCGUACGGAGAAAGUGGCGGAAACGUCCAACCGACGAGGUCUCUUGUGAUCAUCAGCACCCUGGAUGGGCGGAUCUCUGCACUGGAUCCUCACAACCAGGGCAGGAAGCAGUGGGACCUGGAUGUCGGCUCAGGGUGCCUGGUGUCGUCCAGCCUCAGCAAACCUGAGGUGUUUGGCAAUAAGAUGGUCAUCCCUUCACUGGAUGGUGCCUUGUUCCAAUGGAACCGGGACAGGGAGAGUAUGGAGGCAGUGCCUUUCAGCGUGGAGUCCCUGCUGGAUUCGUCUUACCGGAUCGGGGAGGACACCGUCCUGGUUGGGGGCAAAUCUCUCACAACCUACGGCCUGGGUGCCUACAGCGGCAAGCUUCGGUACAUCUGCUCUGCGGUGGGCUGCAGUCGCUGGGGGGAAGAGGAGCUGGAGGCCGAAGACGUGCUCCUGCUGCAGAGGACUCAGAAGACCGUGCGAGCCAUCAGGCCUCGAUCAGGGAUGGAGAAGUGGAACUUCAGCGUCGGCACCUUUGAGCUGAAGCUCAUUCCUGAGACACAGUCCGGGAUCAACUUCCUGGAGGGAGAAUUUGCUGGUGGUGAGCCCUGGAAGGAGAGUCAGCGGGUCAUCGUUGAUGAACCCAAAGAUCGAGAGCACACAGAGAACAAUCAGAACCAGAAUCUGGACCUCGUCAUCAAAGUGUCUGUCCCUGACUGGAAGGUCAUGGCCUUCAGUACGGAGCCUGACGGGCAGCUGGUGUGGGAGCGUCAGUUCUGCACUCCCAUCGCUUCGGCUUGGCUGGUGGGCGGGGGCAAAGUCACGCCGAUCACCUUGUUUGACGACAAUGCCUACAGCAACCAGUCGGAAACUGAUGAAGAGGAUGACGACGACGAAUCCAAGCAGAACAGAGGAGAAGAGGAAUCCAGUGUUUACCUCGGGAUGUUCCAGGGACAGCUCUACCUCCAGUCCUCCGUGAGGAUCAGUGAAAAGUUCCCUUCCAAAGCUAUCGGAUCGGAGAAGGACAUCAUUCCACUGCCAACGGUCAAAUGGAAGCCUCUAGUCCAUUCCCCGUCUCGGACACCAGCCCUGGUCGGCUCCCAUGAAUUUGACAAGUGUCUGAAUAAUGACAAGUUCUCCCAUGACGAGUACAGCAACGGAGCCCUGUCCAUCCUCCAGUAUCCGUACGACAACGGAUACUACUUCCCCUACAGCAAGCGUUACCGGGAGAAACGUGAAAGUGCCAUAAGCCUGAUAAAAGGAAACGGUGCAGGGGGUGACAGCCGCAGGAGGAAGGACCCCGUACUGCUGCUGCCAUGGUGGAAGGAGAUCCUCGGCACCAUCGUCUUCUGCAUCGCCGCCACCACCUACAUCGUCCGCAAAUUCUUCCACCCUCCCGCCCCCGUGGCCUAUGUGAGGCAGCGGAAAGAGUCGGAGACACAGUGCCAGACCGACUGCAAGUUUGACCUUGAGGUUGUGGAAUCCAAAGAGCCUGUUGCCAUGGAGACCCGCUCCAGUGAAUACGUGUCCAGGUACCUGACUGACUUUGAGCCGGUGCAGUGCCUCGGCCGUGGGGGGUUCGGCGUCGUGUUUGAAGCCCGCAACAAAGUGGACGACUGCAACUACGCCAUCAAAAGGAUCCGUCUGCCCAACAGAGAGCUGGCUCGUGAGAAGGUGAUGCGAGAGGUGAAGGCGCUGGCCAAGCUGGAGCAUCCCGGGAUUAUUCGCUACUUCAACGCCUGGCAGGAGAGCCCCCCCGAGGGCUGGCAGGAGGAGAUGGACCAGAGGUGGCUGAAAGACGCCAGUACCACCGACUGGCCAAUGAGCUUCCUCGACCACAUGGAGGCGCUGUCAGUCAAAGUCCCCGUGUCCAGCUCUGUGUCUCCCUCCUCUGGACCUGGAGGAGACGUCCUGGAGGCCUCCGUCGACGCACAGGCUCUGCUCUCCAGCAGCGCCAGUGGUGCUGUGGGUUUCAGCAUUGGUGACGGAGACCUGUCCUUCCACCCGCUGCUGGGCCACGACAGCCUGAUGUCUGAGAGGGACAGCCAGGCCGACCCCGACGCCUCAGACACCCCCCACUCCUUCGAGCUGUGUCCCCCACGUGGCCCCAGCGACUGCACCUCUUCUUCCUUUGACAUCGUGUUCGAGGACUCGGGCUGCGACCGAGACGCCGACGCAGACACGGACUCGGCUUCCGGCGCAGCCAGCCCGAGCACGACGACGGAGAAGAACAGCUCGUCUUCCUCGCGCACCAGACGACAGGAAUCUGUCCCGCCCUCCUCUUCCUCUCCCCCUCGGCCAACCUCACUCACACUGGCUCUCCCAGCGACUCCUCCGACUCAGAGAGUUCAGCUGUCGCCAAAGGUGUACCUGUACAUCCAGAUGCAGCUCUGUCGGAAGGAGAACCUGAAGGACUGGAUGGCUCAGCGCUGCCUCACGGAGCAGAGGGAGCACAACCAGUGUCUGGAUAUCUUCGUCCAGAUCGCAGAGGCCGUCGACUUCCUGCAUAGCAAGGGCCUCAUGCACAGGGACCUCAAGCCCUCCAACAUCUUCUUCACGAUGGACGACGUGGUGAAGGUGGGAGACUUCGGCCUGGUGACGGCCAUGGACCAGGAGGAAGAUGAGGACGAGCCGAGCGCUCUGACGCCCGCCCCGCUCCUCACCCGGCACACGGGCCAGGUGGGCACCAAACUGUACAUGAGCCCCGAGCAGCUCUCUGGAAACUCGUACUCUCACAAAGUGGACAUUUACUCUCUGGGUCUGAUCCUGUUCGAGCUGCUGUAUCCCUUCAGGACGCAGAUGGAGAGAGUGAGGACGCUGACAGAGGUGAGAGCGCUGCGCUUCCCUGAGGUCUUCUCCAAAAACAACGUGCAGGAGCUGAGCAUGGUGCGCAGCAUGUUGUCCUGGAGCCCCGCCGAGCGCCCCGAGGCCGCUGACAUCACAGGGACUCCUCUCUUCCAGGAGCUGGAGCUGCCGUGCCGACUGGCCAUGAGGCAGCGCUCCCGCACCUACAGCGCCUCGUCCAUGGGCCGCCCCUCACGCCAGACAUCGACUACCUGAAAGUCCCGUGACGCAAUAUGUAACCCCGCCCCCUCAACCCCUGCUGUUUCCCUUUCAGCCCCCGCCUGCUGUCGCACACUGCCUCAGACUCUGAACGCCGAGUACCACAGGAAGUUACCUCGGUGGCUUCAGAGCAGCGAGAUAACGUCCUGUUCCUAUUACUCACACACAUGCCGUUAUGUCUCCGCACACCGACAUGCUGCCCUCCUCCCGAUUUUAAUCCCACCUACAGGUGAAAGAAGAUUUUAAAGCAGCAGCUGAUCUGUAACGUUCUGACCCGACUGGACUCAAGUUGACCAACAAAUAAUUCUUAGGGAAGCAGACGGGCCGCGUCCAUCAGCUCAGUGUCGACUAACCAUUGAUCAGCUCAUUGAUCCUGAAAUGUUAACGUGAUGAAAUAAUCCUCCUCACUCUGAGGUCAUUAAUGAACACGCUGAGAAUUAUAAAACGUGCGAUCUGACUCCAGUCUGGUCCGAACGCGCUGCUCGCUCCCAACAUUCAGCCAGUGUUGACCCACCCACGCCACACCUCAGGUAUCAAACCAAGAGGACGAUCCAAAGGGGCCUUUGAUCAUCUAUCUACUGGUGACCAGUCUGAUCACUGGUACGAGCACUAAGCGGUGUUCUGACACCUGAUAUGCCUGAUUUGGGAGACCAAAAAAGACCCUCUCUUUUUUCCUACGUGGUUUUUUUUUUGUUUGUUUUUUUAAGAGAAGGUGAUGUGUGUCGCAGAGAAGAGUUUAUGAAUCAGAUCAGAUAUGAUUUGCCUUUAGAAGGAGGCGUGCGGCGCCUCUGGAUGAAUGAAUGAUGCUGAGCCUCUGUCUUUCUGCCUGUACCUGAUAGGAAGGUGAAGGGGUGAGUGUGAGUCUAUGAUCUUAAAGCCAGUACCUGGAAGCAGUUUUUUUUAGUGUGUAAAUUUCCACGAUGACUCUGAGGUGCUCAAUCAUUUCUCCAACACCUCCUCUUUAAUCUGUGUAAAUACCUGAAGGGAAAAUGUGUUUAUAUCUUUUUUCUUUGUGAAUCAGAAGACGUGUGGGACUGAUGUGUACAUACUGUAAGGCUCCGGUGCUUGUAAAUGGCUUUUCAUAAGGAAACUGUAAGAUAGUGUGAAAUAUACCGUGGGAGAGGAACAAAUACGUACAGAGGUGUGACACUGACACGCCAGGAAAAUAAAAAACAUGUCAGCAUCAGGUGAUAACGUGAAAAGUUUCCUGAUAAAACAAAAUGUUUGUCACGUUUUUACAACAUGUUUUUAAUGUUUUAAAAAGAAAAGUUUCACAAAAGAUAAAAUAUAUUGUAGUACAUUGAUAGUACAAGAAGUUUCUUAUUUUACAAGUUUUUAUUACAAUUGAAAAGUUUCUUGUUAUGACAUGGAAUUUCUUGUAAAAACAUGAAAAUAUCUUGAUACAAUUGAAAAGUUUUCUGUUAAAACAUGAAAAUUUCUUGAUAUAAUUGAAAAUUUCUUGAUAUAAUUGAAAAUAUCUUGAUAUAAUUGAAAAUAUCUUGAUAUAAUUGAAAAGUUUUCUGUUAUAACAUGAAAAUAUCUUGAUAUAAUUGAAAAUAUCUUGAUAUAAUUGAAAAGUUUCCUAGUAUAACAUGAACAUAUCCUGUAAAAACAGGACAACAUCUCAUUAUAAUGAGGAGCUUUUCCUGUUGUUACCUGAUGCUGAUGUUUUCGGUUGUUUUCCUGGCGUGGCGUCGGUACACUUCCUGUAGCGAGGAGACGAUCUCUGCCAUUAACGCAUAGCUGAAUGUGACAGUGUGACCUCCAGAGACCGAUGAUGGUGCGUCACCUCUUUGAUUCUCAGUGUUUUGCUUUUUGGAGGGAAAGGGUUCACCCUGCGCUGAGCACCAGAGCUGAACCCGCCGGACCAGAGUGCCAUUUGAACGUCAGUUAAGUGUACUUUUCUGUAACUGAUAACUCACCUCACAUUUAUCCAAAAUCGUGCUCCCAUGAUCCUCCGACCCCGCCCGGCUGGCGUUCCCGGUGAAGCACGACACACACUGAGGUCCUCCGGUGAUAAGGAGAAAUAGCAUUUAGCCAGGAGGAUGAUGAUGUUUCAUCCCCUCGACGGUGUCUGCUGGGGACCUGGACCUGAUGUUGGUCAUGUGAUCCACACGAGCAUUGUUUUAUGUACAUAAGAAGUGCUGGGAGAGUCACAUGACCCGUUUGUAACUUCACACACACACACAAACUGCUAAUUGUAACGUGCUUUCGAUGAUUGUACUUUUCUAAGGAUCUUCUCUUUUUUUAUUUUACUAAACGCAGUUUUUGAUUCUUCAGGGUUUUUUGAUCACUGUAAAGUCUCGACUGUGUCUCACACAGGAAGUCAAACUGAUGUUCGUCCGUCCGUCCUCUCAGCUCACUGAAGACGAGUCAUUCAUGUUGUAAAAUUAUCUCCUCAGAGUUUAAAUCAGACUGAACUCCACCGUAACAGGUGGAAACAGGAAGUUAAGUUCCAUUAUGGCGUUUAGGGGGAAUGUGAAAACUGGAGCUGCAAAUUCAGUUGAAAGUUUGUGAACUACAGUUCGUGGGUUCUGUUACUGACGUGUUGACAACAUUUGGAAAAUCAAUGUUUUACAUAAUCACCUGAAUUAUCUGAACAAUUUAUCUGGAACAUUUGCUAAAAGUCCUUUGAGAAUGUUUGUGGAGGAUUUUCAGCAGGAAAGAAGUAAACUUUCACACCUUAAAUCACCUCCAGUAGCUCGUCAGCCUUCUACCUUUAAGUCAGCAUCAUCGACACUUGUUGUGUUUUCUCCUCCAGAUUCUCUUCUUCUCUCUCAAACCAAGAAAAUGUGAUGAUUCUGUAGGUCUUUUGUUGACUUGUGUUCCUCCUCCUCCUCCUGACCACAGUUCAGUUGAAAAUCAGACCCACGUUGUGAACCUCUGACGAUCUGUCUGGAUGUGUAUUCGCCUGUUUUGUGCACACACCCUGUUUUCUGUCCAUGUUCCACUGUAAAUAUGUUUAUUUGCUUUAUUUAUGUUCGAUGCCGUGAUCAAUCCGUUUGGGUUGGUGUUAUUUUGAAUGCGCUUCAUGCGAUGGAGCGCGUUGGAAUACGAUGACUUCUUACAAGUCUAAAUUUAAUAAACUGUUCUAUACCGUUUGUACA